AUGAUGUCAGAUCCAGCCACAGACACGCCUGAGAAUGCUCAAAAACCAGCCGAAACCCCUGAAGCGGAUGCUCCAACCCCUGCGUCCUCAGAAGCUGGUGAUAAGGACGAAGCUCCCAAAGAACCAGAUGCAGAAAAACCAAAAGAAGGGGCAACAGCUCCAGUGGUUUCUUCUAGCAAACGAUCAAGACCACCCUACAAAUAUGAUCCAAACAAAAUUACUCUACGGUUCCUCUUUGCCAAUCGAGAUGGAUUGACCGUUACCGUGGAAUGCAAUCCAACAGAUUGCAUAGGCGAAGUGAAGGGGGCGCUCCUGUCAGUGUGGCCAGAAGAUUUACCAAGCUGUUCAGGUGGUGAUCGCCUGAGACUAAUAUGCAUGGGAAAAGGAAUAUUAAUGCCAGAUUCCAGAACGCUAGAGGAUUGUGAGGUUCCAGUGUUCAAGACACAUCCAACUCCCAUCAAUGUGGCGGUGCGGCCGGAGAAUAUGGGUGCUUCGUCUUCCAAAGGAGGGGGUGAUAAAAAGAUUCGAUUGGGUGGUGCUGCUGCUGCUAGUAGCAGUGGUGGACCAUCUGGGAAUCAAGCUGGAACAGGUUGUGGAUGUUUCAUCAUGUGA